CCAAUUAUGAACUGCGCAGGUCCAAUCUCUCAAGUUUCGCGAAGGCGAGCUUCCUCUUUUGGAUGCGUGAUCGAGAGUGUGUCGGGAGUCAAAUUUAGACUCUGAGCUGUUCGACUUCACCACAGGGGAGGGGGUGAGCUUCGUUUCCGUUUCACGUUUUUAAGUUGCGAUAUGGACGUCGUUCGAACAGCGCGUGAGGAAUACUGCCUUAGAACCUUUAUUCACGCCAUGACAUGGGCAGGUGGAACGUCACGUUGAACGAGGACUGUUGAGAUGUGUUACUUCCAGUGCUUUGUCGUCAUGGAAGAUGAUCAAAAAGUUGUUUCAUAUGAAAGCCUGCCUGAAACUAUUCUUUUAAAAAUUUUUAUGAAGCUCUCGCUACCUGAUCGCCUUCGAGCAGCCCUGUCCUGUCGUCAGUGGUGCAACAUUUUCACUUCUCCAGCUGCGUGGACCACUUUCCACUUUCGCUUCUAUGGCCGCAAAGACACGAGGUUUCUUCAAUGCAUUGUAUCAUAUGGUUCUUACCUGCGCCAUGUUGUCAUUGAACUGAACCAGUUCCAAAAUGUCAAUCGUGUAAAUGCAGUGCAAGCACUUCUGCUGCUUGCCAAUUGCUCUUCUACAAGGUUAUCAAACCUCAGCAUCAUUUGCACUGGUGAGAAUCCUCUGUUUUAUGCAGGAAAAGAAUUUGUAUCAGCCUUGGAAACUCUUUUCAAGAGGUCUAACAGUCAUUUGGUUCAAGUGGAUCUCAGCAAGUUUCCAAUGAUGAUUGAUUCACAUACCAUUGAUGUGCUGUCCCAGCACAACCCCCAGCUAGAAAGUCUGAACAUUCAGAAUGACAACCUAGUUUGCUUGGUGCAACCAGAAAGCAUCCUCAGACUUGCUCAGCGCUGCCGGCGACUUCGUGAGCUGUGUUUACACAAGUGCAGCCUUUCCCGAGAUGUGCUUCUGUGCUUCCUUGAAGAAAAGCGUGUUGCUCUCGAGCACCUCUCCCUGCAGUGCCGCAGUGAGGAGAUUAUUGCCAGCCACCCACAGGAUGAAAAGACACAACUGAGCUCGGAGCUGUGGUCUUGUGUUGUUGGCCGCUUGCCCAAGCUGCGUGUUACCCUGCAUUUUGACCAGACUUGCCCUCUUGUGGUCAUUCCUUUGGUUAUGAAGCCAGAGGUACCUUGCGCUGUACUGAGGCUGGAGACUUUCACAAUAAUACAUGACAUGGUGUUACAGGCUGCAUACAACUACUCAGAAACACUUGAAAAACUUAUCUUGCAAGCGCCACCUAGUGCUGAACUGGAAAGUGCCUUGCUGGAACUCUCGCGUAGGUGUUCUAGGCUAAGGGCACUGCAUGUCUUUUGCCCAUUGAGCAUGCACACGAUAGAUAACAUCCUGCGAGAGCACCCACACAUGAAAGCUAGUGGACUUUACACACUGAGAUCAGAAAGAGGCACUGAUGGGCCAUGGGCAACAGAUGAAAAAGUGAAUGCAUAGUGCACCUGGACAAAAA